CACAGACUCGGCCAACUCCAUACACAGACAGUACUGCUACUACCCUCAUCGCCUUCAGCCCUUCUACGCCAGGGUCUCACUCAUACUCUCCUUAUGCGCACCACCCAAGCCGCUUGAUUGACCUGCAACGCGUGGACCAUCAUGUUCUCCGGGUCCAACUCCUACUUAGGGGGUGCGAACAGCGCCCGACCGGGACAGCCUCAGUACGGCCAGCAGCAGUCUUUCCAGCAACCCGGUGGUUUUCAGGGCGGACUUGGGCCCCAGCCCACAGGCUUCGGUGGAGGACAACAAUUGCAGCCGCAAUUCACUGGUUUCCCAGGACAGCCACAGGGCUUCGGGCAGCAACUCCAGCAACCCCAACAACUACAACCCCAAUUUACGGGCUUUCCAGGUCAACAGCCUCCGUCCUUCCAGCAACAGGGUCCUCAACAACAGCCGUUUCAGAUCGGAGCACCUCCUCCUGUUCAACCUCAACGACCACAGCCCACGGGAAUGACCUCUUCCCAGAUUGCUGAUUCAUUCCGCGUUGCCUCCCCGUCGUCCAUUCCCCCUCCCCCUCCCGCAAAGUCGACCAAGAUUCCGAACAUCCGGCUAUCAUUUAUAACGGCUCAGGACCAGGCCAAGUUUGAGCAGCUAUUCAAGUCUGCCGUAGGCAGUGCUCAGGCCUUGUCGGGAGACCAGGCGCGGGACUUGCUUCUGCGAUCCAAACUGCCCGGAGAUGCCUUGUCGCAUAUCUGGACGCUUUCCGAUACCACCAAAUCUGGCCAACUUUUGUUCCCCGAAUUCGCACUGGCCAUGUAUCUGUGCAACCUCAAAUUGACUGGCAAAGAUCUUCCCAGCACUCUGCCCGAGAAAAUCAGGAAUGAAGUCUCGAGCAUGGUUGACAUUAUAUCAUUUGGGGUUCCGGACGAUCAGCCAAGUCGUCCUGCACCGGCGAGCAAUGCGCCGAAAUUCGACGAGCCGCUGAACAAGAGCUCUCAACAGAUUCCCACAAUCCAGCAGCCUCAGCCUCAACCAUCCAACAGCCAGUUGCUCUCAACUUUAGUCUCCCAACCCACUGGAUUUGGACAACCAACAGGCCUCCAAUCCCAGCCAACUGGCCUUCAGCCUCAGGCUACAGGUUUUGGUAUGUCCCCCGGUUACACUGGACCGCGACCGCCGAUGCCACCUAUGCCCACUGGGUUCGGUUCAAAUCUAGCGCCAAAUCCAACUGGCAUGGCAGCACCGUUGAAUGCUCAGCCUACAGGUAUCCCAGGUCAAUGGGGUCUCGUGAAUACCCCUGCUACUGGUUUGCCCAAUAUCGAGGCCUUGGCCCAGCGUAUGAUGCCACAGACAGGACGUGACGUCCCACACACCACUGCCGGUCUCACUGGAAAUGCAAAGAUCCCUUGGGCUAUCACUAAGGGUGAGAAGAAGCUCUAUGACGACACCUUUAGAGCUUGGGAUGGUCUCGGCAAAGGUUAUAUCAGUGGCGAGCAAGCACUUGAGAUCUUUGGUCAGAGCGGGCUGCCAAAACAGGACUUGGAACGUAUUUGGACGCUCGCUGAUUCGGCUGACCGCGGUCGGCUCAACCUGGACGAGUUUGCUGUUGCCAUGCAUCUUAUUUACAGGAAGCUGAACGGUUACCCUGUGCCCAACCGGCUCCCUCCCGAGUUGAUUCCGCCAUCGACGCGCAAUAUUAACGACUCCAUUGGCACCAUGAAAUCGUUGCUUUCGCGAGAUGCAGAAGAGCGUAAGAGCUCAGGAGCUUUUCUCCAGCCUCAGCGUACAGGAGUCAGCUACCUUAAGAAUCACUCCUUUCGGUCAGGAAGCCCGGCUACUGGCGGGCGUAAAGAUGCUACUGUGUUCCGCAAUAACGAUGAGAUGGUUGGCGGAUAUCGCUCGAGCGCACGUCACCGCAUUGGCGCAGGCGGUCGUUCUCCGUCACCCGCAACGUCUCCUUCACCGGCUUCUGAACGGUCUAUUGACGACAUGUCCAUCGACCAACUCAGGAAGAUGGUUAAGGAAAAGCAGAUUCUGCUUGAUGCUAUCGAUAUUCGGGAUGAGAAUGCAGCCGACGAAGAAGACGCACUCGACCGCAGGGACCGACGAGAGGCCGAAGACCUGUAUCGCCGCAUUCGCAGGAUACAGGAGGAUAUUGAUGCGCAUCCUCAAGCGUCCCUGAGAUCCUCCGAUUCAGACGCUGAACGACGUGCACUGAAGCGGCAGCUGCAAAAGCUCACUGAUCGCCUCCCUGAGCUUGCCUCGAGCGUCCGUCGGACGGAGCGUGAAAUUGCCGACGCUCAGCUUGAGCUCUUCAGACUCAAAGAUGCCAAAGCCCAUCCUGGAGCCGCUGCGUCCAUCGUGGGUACAGGUCCUGGCGGGUCAAUCACAGAAGCAGACCGUCUGAAGGCACGCGCGAGGGCUAUGAUGCAAGCUCGCUCCGCUGCUUUGACGGGAAAGCCGGUUCCAGUCAGUGAUGAUACUGGUGCGGCGGCGGAACGUUUGGAGAAGGAGAGCUCGCGCAUCCGGUCCGAACGAGAGAACAAUGAACGGAUGAUUCGUGAUGUCGAAGACAGUGUUCGGGAGUACACCAAAGGCCUGGAUGCAAGCCUCAAGGAAGGCGGCCAUGACGCUGCCAGUGAGCAUGAACGACGCAGGUGGGAAGAUGGAUUGGGAGUGGAAGACGAAGUUAAGGAUUUCAUCUUCGAUCUCCAACGGAGCAGCCAAGCUGCCCGCGUACGCAAGGAGGAUUCAUCCCGCGACCGGAGCCUAUCUGCACGACGCUCUAGCCCGGCUCGGAGCCCCGAGCCAGCCUCUCGUACCACUUCCACUUCCGCUGGCGGUUCGUACUCUUCUUACAAGACGCCUGAGGAGCGCGCUGCAUUCAUCAAACAGCAGGCGGAACAGCGGAUGGCGGAACGCCUUGCGGCUCUAGGUCUGCGGCCUCCUGUCAAGGCUGGUGAGACCCCGCAACAGCGACAGGAACGCGAGAAGAGGGAGAGGGAGGAGAAACUUCGCCAGGCUGAAGAAGAGGACGCUCGGCGUGAAGAAGAGAGGCAGAGGCGUCUCAAGGACGAAUCCAUCGCUCCACCUUCUACCACGAAGCCAAGCGGGAAGAAGCCUCCACCACCACCGGUUUCGAGAAAGAGCAAGACAGAGGUUGCCCAGCACGACCAAAAGCAAGCUGAAGCAGAGAUGAGGAGGGCUGACAAGGAGAUCGCCGAGAAGGCCCUCAAGGAACAGCAAGAGGCCCAAGAAGCCGAACGAAAGCGGUUAGAGGAUGAGGAACGGCAGCGAGAGGAGGAGCUAGCCAAGGAGCGCGAAGCUCAACAAGCGCGACUCCGCGCCUUGGAAGAACAAGUUCGACAAGGCAAGAUUAAGAAAGAGGAAGAGAAACGUCGCAAGCAAGCCGAGAAACGUGAAGCAAAGGAAAGGGAAGCUCGUGAGGCUGCCCAUCGUGCUGAGCUCGAAGCUGCUCGUGAACGCGAACGCCAGUUGCAACUACAACUCGAGAGCCUCAAUGAUGAGGAUGACUCGUCGAGCGACGAUGAGGGACCCCAGAAUCUCACACCACAAGAGACCACGCCAACGACUAGCCAAGAGCUGCCUUCGGAGCCAGCACCACCUGCUGCACCUCCCAUCCCGACUGCUCCUCCGCUACCUCUUCAGACAAGCACCCCUCCAUCCUCCAUGGCAAGCCCACCGACUUCUUCAGUAACGAGCCCUCACGUGGCACAUGCAGAUACAGAGACCAAGAACCCCUUCCUGAAGAAGAUGGCUCUUUCAAGCCAAGAGAACAACGCUAUUCCCACGCCUCCACCGCCUCCGCCCACCAACGAGGUCUCCUCCACGAAUCCCUUCCACCGCAAGGUCGCCCUAGGCGAACCCGCACCCGCAGCCGCACCUCCAGCCCGCACACGCGCCCGCCCCGAAGAGGACGACUGGUCAGUUGUCGACUCGGACGACUCCUCAUCCGACGACGACGACGCGCCUCAAGGUGGAGCCAAACACCUCGCCUCCAUCCUCUUCGGCACCAUGGCACCUCCUCGUCCACUGUCCUCCAUGGAUGACAAGAGCCCUCGCACUACUAGUCCGACUGUGGCGUCCCCUCCAGCUGGUAUCCCACCGCCGCCUCCACCCAUGCCGACGGGUUCUGCGCCUCCGCCCCCGCCCGGUCCACCGCCGCCACCGGGUGGUGUGCCGCCUCCGCCUCCUAUGAUGAUGCAGAGGCCUGCUGGCGGGGCGCCGGAUCGCGGGGCGUUACUUGGGGAGAUUCAGAAAGGAAGGGGCCUGAGGAAGGUGCAGACGAAGGAUCGGAGUGCCGCAGCUGUGGCGGGGAGGGUGUUGUAGAUGGGUUAGGGGUCAAUGAAGAGUAAGGUGUGAGUGUGUUCACGCUGGGAAAGUAGGAAAGAGGUGAGGUGAGGGGUUGGAUGUGUAUAUAACAAAGCAGUGGCACAAGUGGUAGCACCAGCCCCUUUUCCAUUCAGCACAGCACAGUUUCUAGCGGGUGGAAUUCAUAGAAUGAGAUCUCUGUUCCUGACUACCUCUACUCUCUUAGUGCUUUUGGCGAACGUUGAGGAGCUUUUGGGAAAUGCUUGUUUUGAAACUUCAUUCGGGGGGAAUUGAUUGCUAUGUAU